AUGGACGGCGCAAUCUGGGCGUCCGCUUACGGAUGCCAGGGCAAGGCGGUUGCAUCAUCGGCGUUCGGUCGCCCCAGCGGUGAACUGCAGGCCCGGGCCGAUUCGCCCACCCCGGCCGGCAUCCGCCAACGCUCCGGCGCGGAGAUGAUAAUGGGCCAGGGCGCGGUUCCCAUCAUCGUGGGCGGCGAGGUUGUCGGCGCGUGCGGCGUCGGCGGUGGACCCAGCGAAGACGCCGAAGCGUGCGCCGCAGGCUGA